GGAAAGAGUGAGAGGGAUAGAAGAAAAGCUUUUAGGGUUUCAAAAAAACUGAGACUCUUAAAAAAAAAAUGGGCGUCAUGAUCAAUCACCAUUUGCUCGCUAUCAUCUUCGGCAUCUUAGCUACCCAAAAAUGAAAAUUACCCGUUUGGAAAGCUUUACAAAUUGAAAUCGUCACGCAAUAUUGUCCAUAUAUACUCGGAAACGCAAUAUCCUUCUGUGUAUUCCUCGCUCCGUUGCCAACGUUUUAUAGAAUAUACAAGAAUAAAUCGACGGAAAGUUUCCAGUCACUACCGUACCAAGUGUCGCUAUUUAGCUGCAUGCUAUGGCUCUAUUACGCAUUGAUUAAGCAAGACGCUUUUCUCCUGAUUACCAUCAACUCUUUUGGCUGUAUCGUGGAGACUAUAUAUAUCGCCUUGUUUUUUGCUUAUGCCACCAGGGACAAACGGAUCGCGGCUAUGAAGUUGUUCUUCACGAUAAAUGUUGCUUUCUUCUCGUUAAUUCUAAUGAUAACCCAUUUUGCGGUUAGAAGUCCUAGCCUCCAAGUCUCUGUUAUCGGCUGGAUUUGUGUUUCCAUUUCUGUUUCUGUUUUCGCUGCCCCUCUAAUGAUUGUGGCUCGUGUGAUAAAGACAAAGAGUGUAGAGUUCAUGCCCUUCACCCUCUCUUUCUUCCUCACCAUAAGCGCCGUUAUGUGGUUUGCUUAUGGCGCAUUCCUCCACGACAUAUGCAUAGCUAUUCCAAACGUGGUGGGAUUCAUACUGGGGAUGUUACAAAUGGUUUUGUACGGAAUUUACAGAAACUCAGGGGUGAAAAUAGAUACCGAGAAAAAGAUAAAUUCGUCAGAACAACAACUUAAGACUAUUGUCGUAAUGAGUCAGUUAGGUGUGUCGGAAGUGCACCCAGUUGACAUCACGGUGGACCCACUCUCUGAAACCGUUCAUCAUGAAGAUCCAUCCAAACAGAAGGAGCCAUCAAUUGAAGAUGGAAAGUGCCACGUGGGGACUGUGGCCCGUUUUGAAUAUAUUUGAAGUGUUGAUAUGUCAGAAGAAAAAAAAAUAUAUCUCUCUCAUUCUUGUCUUGUUGGCCGGCCAAAUAAAAAAAUUGUAUCGGUGGUUUGUUUUUUUUUGGUAAACAUAUCAGUUGUUUGUUUUUAUUUAUUUUUGUUUCGUAAGUUGAAAUUAUAGUGCUCUUACAGAAUUUGAUGUAAUAAACCGCAGUAGCUAGAUUACUUCUACUAAUAAGCCGUUUGUCCCA